GCGGGCCUCAGCCAGUCCGUGAACGGUACCUACACCUUCAAGGUCCGCGUCCUUGAAGGCCAUCGACUCUAACCCUCGGAAAUACGAUCAUCUUCAGCUGGUAUCGUCGACCUUAGAUCCUUUCGAGCGCUUGCGAGCGCCUCUAACGACAAUCCUAAAUAUAUUCCUUAAAUACCCUUCCAAAAUAAUCGACAGAAGUGGCCAUCUUCAUUUCAAUCGAACGAAAUAUUUAUUUCAUUUGUUGCAAUCCCAAUUGCUUCACUUCUGAAGUGAUCGUGUCAGACAAAAAACGACAAGUAAGAUUAGAAAUACGGUAGAAAUAAAGAAUCACGUGAUAAAAGCUUGUGAAACGAAAGGACAAGAUUUUCCCAGGACAAAAGAAAAAUUAACUGUGCUUUAAAUAUCGAGGAUGAGGUCCUCGUUGAUUCUGUUCUUCGCGGUGGGAGUCAUCACUUAUACCGAGGGCUUUACCAGAGUUAAGAGACAAGAAGACAAGAAGGAAGAAAGUUUCGAGAACGAAAUCUGUAAGGAGAAAGAGGCAGGAGAAUGGUUCAGGUUGGUAGCCGGUGAGGGCGACAACUGUCGUGACGUUAUUCAGUGCACGAGUUCCGGUCUCCAAGCUAUAAGAUGCCCGGCUGGACUCUACUUCGAUAUUGAGAAACAAACAUGCGAUUGGAAGGACUCGGUUAAUAAUUGCAAGCUUAAAAAUAAGGAGAGGAAAUCGAAGCCCCUUCUCUAUACCGAGGAACCUCUCUGCCAAGAUGGAUACUUGGCUUGUGCUGAUCAAUCUUGUAUAGAGAGAGGUCUGUUCUGUAAUGGUGAAAAGGAUUGUACCGAUGGAUCUGAUGAAAAUAUUUGUGAUAUGGACAAUGACCCAAACAGCGCCCCUCCUUGUGACCCUGCUGUUUGCGUACUUCCGGAUUGCUUCUGUUCCGAAGAUGGAACGAGUAUACCCGGAGAUCUCCCAUCCAAGGACGUGCCGCAGAUGAUUACGAUAACCUUCGACGAUGCCAUCAACAACAACAAUAUCGGCCUCUACAAAGAGAUCUUCAACGGAAAACGCAAGAAUCCUAAUGGUUGCGACAUCAAGGCCACCUUCUUCGUCUCUCAUAAAUACACUAAUUACUCGGCCGUACAAGAGAUGCACAGGAAAGGCCAUGAGAUUGCAGUACACUCGAUCUCACAUAAUGAUAACGAGCGUUUCUGGUCUAACGCCACGGUUGACGAAUGGGCUAAAGAAAUGGCUGGUAUGAGAGUUAUAGUUGAGAAGUUUGCAAACAUCACUGAUAACACUGUUGUUGGCGUCAGAGCACCUUACCUUCGAGUAGGUGGUAACAAUCAAUUCACGAUGAUGGAAGAACAAUCCUUCUUAUAUGAUUCAACGAUUACUGCGGCAUUGAACAACCCACCACUUUGGCCUUACACUAUGUACUUCAGGAUGCCUCAUCGUUGCCAUGGAAAUCUUCAGCAUUGUCCAACGAGAUCGCAUGCUGUCUGGGAAAUGGUGAUGAACGAAUUGGAUCGUCGUGAAGAUCCCCAGAACGAUGAAUAUCUACCUGGUUGUGCUAUGGUCGACUCUUGCAGCAACAUCUUGACCGGAGAUCAAUUCUUGGACUUCCUUAACCACAAUUUCAACCGUCACUAUCAACAAAAUCGCGCACCACUUGGUCUCUAUUUCCAUGCUGCCUGGUUAAAGAACAAUCCUGAGUUCCUCGACGCUUUCCUCUAUUGGAUCGAUGACAUAUUGGAAAACCAAAAAGACGUUUACUUUGUAACAAUGACCCAAGUAAUCCAAUGGAUCCAGAAUCCCCGUACUAUAUCAGAAUCGAAAAAUUUCGAGUCCUGGAAAGAGAAGUGCGUCGUUGAUGGACCACCAGCUUGUUGGGUUCCUCACACUUGUAAAUUGACCGCAAAAGACAUUCCCGGAGAAACCAUAAACCUUCAAACUUGCGUACGUUGCCCUAACAACUAUCCAUGGAUCGAUGAUCCUACAGGCGACGGUUUCUACUUGUAAACGAGUAUUAUCUCCUCGUUCCUUCUUCUCGUCUAAGUCAAUUCUUCUACCCCAUUUUCUUACGUUCGUCCCUACAUAUCCGCCGCGUCCUAUAAUUAGCUCGUUCCUAGUCGAACGUGUCUUGCCUUUUCCAAACUUCGUAAUGGAACGUGUGACGCCCGGACGAUCGCCGCCGACUGACCUGCGUUUUCUAUUCCAAAAUCAACGAUCACGACGAAAUCAUAUCAUAAUCGAGUAACGAUUGUAACAGGGAAUUGUUGUUUUUUUUCUUUCUUCAAAAUCCCCAAAGAGAAAGAAAAUGAUAGUUAAAGAUAGAAAGAUUGAUCAUCUUUCGAUCGGGCUACAUUUUAAACGCGCGCCAGCGCCAGCGAUCUGUGAUAAAUCCUCGAACUCGUAUCCUUGAGAUUUUUGGAAAGACAAAGACCAGGAUAAAAAAAAAAAAAAAAGACGGCGACGAAGACGAUGACGAGAGUAUUUGCGGAAUUCCAGCCACGUCGGCGACGCUAACAUAAUUUCUUUCCUUCCACCUAUAUUCUUGUUCUUUUUUUCUAUCCAAUACCCCAAUCCCGGCGUCUUUCAUAGUCUUGAAGAGAAACUGUAAACUCAUUAAGACAAGCUUUACGGCAACACUCGAUGUAUAAUAAUAAUAAGACGCAUAUCCCAAUUGCCUUUUCUUAAACCACCCUUCUUACAUUUCUUUUCUCGCUUCUCCCAUCUUACAUCUUUUGGAGAGAAGACUUACGCUCCUCUCCAUUUUCUUUUUUCAAUGGAACAUCCUUACAUUUUUCUAAGGGUCGACCAGACUAUAUAUAUAUAUAUAUAUAUACAUAAAUAUAUAUAUAAAUAUUAAAUAUUAUUGCGUAUGUAUAUUUUUAAAGAAAUAAGUGAUAGUACCAACAUCGUUUACAAAAGAAUAAACCUUUAAUAAAAGAUCCCGAUAAAUUUGAACGAGUCUACUUACCACCGUCUUAAACCUUUUCCUUUAAUUCUUGGACAACACGUGGGUAGUGGGUGUGGUCGUCAAUCAACCUCGACCUUAAUAAUUUCAUCCUUCUCUUUAAAUAAUAAAUUAUAUUAAGAUCAAGGCCGUUCACUAACUAGGGUGACUUAUAAGAAAUGGAAAAUCAAGUGCGAUAACGGCUAAUAAAUAAAAAGAAAAACAAAUCUUUAUAAACAUACAUCUUUUCACCAUUGAAGAAUAAUUACGAAACGACAAUUCUUUCUUUUGAAUUCACCCACGAUGAAAUCGAAUGAAUAGAAUCCAACAUGUCGUUUCUUUGAUUUAGAAAUUAGAUGCUUUGAUCAUUCAGACAAAUCUUCUUUCUUUACGUAGAUAACUACCUACGAUAUAUCUUAUUAUAUUCUAAAAUAAUGAAAUAGCUAAUUUUAAUGAUAAUUUUGUGUUUGUUUGUUCAAAUGAAUAAAUCGUGUUAUGAAACCAAAGUCAAAGUACAACGUUCGCAUGAACUCGCUUAAGAUCCGGGGUACCAUGAAUGCUCCCUCUUGCAUUAUGCAUUCCAUAGAGAUAAGCAUUGGUAAGUUCCUAGCAUGAAAACACUUGUCAUUAUAGUUUGCAAAGUACUACGAUACUUGGUUUAUUUUAGUCUUGAAAGUUGUCAAGUUAUGGCUAAUAAAUGAACAUCUUGGUAAUCAAUCAAAAAAUAUUAACGACAUCGUCUAGUUGUCGCUGUUCAAUUUCUUUAUGUAGCUAUUUACAGAAAGGAUAAUCACAGCUUCAUCUCUAUGGAAUU